AUGUAUCGAAGCCAGAUAUCCCGGACGGCAGCUUCGGCUGUCCGUCCUGCUGUCCUGUCAGAAAAGGCUCAUUUCUUGCGAGGAAUGGCUACAGUGUCUCCUGUGAGCUCCAUCAAUCGAAAUCACAAAGUUGUUGUUGUUGGUGGCGGUGCAGCUGGCCUAUCUGUCAGUCAUCAGCUUCUCCUGAAAGGAAAAUUCGCCGAAGACGACAUUGCCGUUGUGGAUCCGGCAACAUGGCACAAUUAUCAACCUGGAUGGACACUUGUUGGAGGGGGACUCAAGACAAAAGAGGAGCUGCGAGAACCACUGAAUAGCCUGAUUGAUUCUAAACUCAAGUUCUACGACAAUGGCGUUGAAACAUUGUCCCCAGAUGACAAUUCAAUUACUCUCAGCAAUGGUGACAAGAUCAGCUACGAGCAACUCGUUGUUGUCCCGGGUAUCAAGGUAGAUUACGAAACCGUGAAGGGAUUACCCGAAAUCAUCGCCGAUCCAAAUUCACCUGUCGCUUCUAUUUACGAUUACCGUUACUGCGAUAAAGUGUUCCCUCAGAUCCAGAAACUCAAAAGUGGCACAGCCAUUUUCACUCAACCAGCUGGUGUGGUCAAGUGUGCUGGUGCACCUCAAAAGAUCAUGUGGCUGGCACUAGAUCACUGGAAGAACGCUGGACUCUACAGGAGCGGUGCAUCUGACUCACCAAUCAAUAUUACCUUUGCUACCGGCUUGCCUACGAUGUUUGGUGUACCCAAAUACAGCGCCGAACUUGAGAAAAUGCGUGUUGAGAGAGGCGUUGAGGGGCUGUUCGAGCAUGAUCUCGUUGAAGUUGAGGGAAACACGGCAACAUUUGCACGCCCAGGUGGAAAGGAGCAAGUAAAGAGAAAGUUCGAGUUCCUGCACGUUUCGCCCAAGAACAGACCGCACACAUUCGUCAAAAAGAGUCCUCUGUCCAAUGAAGCUGGUUUCGUGGAUGUCAACGACGGCACCACCCAGCACAAAACAUACAAAAAUGUUUGGUCGAUUGGCGAUGCAUCCAGCCUGCCGACAUCGAAAACUGUGGCGGCAAUCACCUCGCAAGCGCCAGUCCUCGUCAGCAACCUGAUAUCUUCGCUAGAAGGGAAGGAGUCAGAUGCGGUUUAUGAUGGGUACACUUCUUGCCCACUUCUGACAGAGUACGGGAAGGUGCUCUUGGCAGAAUUCAAGUAUGGUGGCGAGCCGAAAGAAACAUUCAACAGCUGGUUUGGCAUUGAUCAGGCAAUUCCACGCAGAGCUUUUUAUCACCUCAAGAAGGACUUCUUCCCUUGGGUCUAUGGCAAGCAUAUGUUGAAAGGCAAAUGGGGAGGACCAAAAGGUUGGAUCAACUAA